AUGAUUAUGCGGGAAAAGGGUCGCCAGAAAGUGGCUUGGAGGAUAAUGAGGAACAAACGUUUUGUGCCGCAGGACAAGAUGGAAAAAGCGGCUGUCCUGAACGAAAUUAGGCGUACUGGCUUGGCGACUACAGGGAUCACCCAUAAAUCCCACGCUGAGGGAGCUGACAUUGAGUUCUUGGGCCCUUCCGUUAUUGGUCGGGUCCGCCUAGAACGUCGCCGCAGCUCUGGGCGGACGCGUACAAUCGCACAAUCGGGGUAA